ACAUAGUACGAGCAAAACGCUUUACAAUAUUCUCCAUAUUCCCGAACGUCGUGCUCAAUCUUCGGAUCGAUUCAUCGCCCUUCUGUUUGCUGAGAUAAGACGUUAGUGGGCAAACAUUUAAACUCAACAAACGCCGGCGAUAAGACACUAAAUAUACGCUUGGAACUAGGCUAAGCGUAAUCAAAUUGUCACUAGUUGGCCAACACUCGCAGUGUUAAUGUGUUAGGAAUGUGCCACGUGUGCUAAAUGAAUCAUGGAAGUUGGUUAUGUCAAGUGUUUGGUGAUAUGUUUGAUGUGUUGCAGUAGUAUCAAUUUAAUCCAAGGUGCCAUCCAUCAAACGUUAACACAAUGUUGCGAUAUGGGUAAAAACUACGCGAAUAAUGACGUUUCCUGUUCGAGUAUCCAACCACCAUUUGAUGGUAUCCCAGAAAAAGACGAAUCUAGCUGUUUGAAUACUUUGGUCAUCUGUUGUAAAACCCAGGAGAAAGAAAAUGAGUGUAGGCUGGGUAUAAACGACGCAGAGACUGGCACGUGUAAUGCCCAAACCGGAAGUGAACGAAAAAGUUGUUGUGAUGCCUGUAAUAUUGGUAAGAUAUCCGCAGUAUCAAAUACAUGCGAGAGUUCCUUCAAUCUGGGUUCCUAUGAUAAGCACUUCAAGGCUUGCUGUCAAAAAAUGUUACCAAAGACCACCACGGAUAACACCCCGAAUAAUGAACAGUCUUUGGGUAACCUCUGCGAGAUUGAAGACCUAUGUGCCCAGAUUUGUAUUCCUACAGGAGAGUCUUACAAAUGUGAUUGUAACCCUGGGUAUACCCUAAUGGCGGAUGGUAAUAGUUGCAAGGAGAUCACAGGACCAAAAACAUCUCCCAAAAAGAAAUCAAAGUGUGAUACCAACAACCCUUGUGCCCAUAACUGUGUAGACUCCGGUAUCGCCAUCUAUUGUACCUGUUACGAUGGUUAUGAACUCCAACCAGACAAAAGAAGCUGCAAAGACAUCAACGAAUGUGAAUUGGAACACGACUGUCACGGUAAUGAAACCUGCGUAAACCAAGACGGAUACUACGAGUGUGUUGAAGAAGGAGGUGAUGAUGAAGACUAUGAAGCUGUUGAAUGUAAACCAGGGUUUCGCUACAACUGGGAAAACAAAGCCUGUGAAGAUAUCAAUGAAUGUCUACUUCCUUUGAUAUGUCUAUCCACACAAAAGUGUAUUAAUACAGAAGGGUCUUAUAAUUGUACAGGUGGGGAGCUGGUAUGCCCAAAAGGGUACUUCUUCAAAGCCAGUACCCAGGAUUGUGCAGAUGUGGAUGAAUGUGUCACAGGUGAAAAUGAAUGUAAUAGAGAAUCACAGGUUUGUUUGAAUAACAAGGGAGGUUAUACUUGUGUGGAUAAAGCAUCGAAGAAGACAUGCCCACCUGGGUUCAUGAUGAAUACCAUGAUGCAGAUCUGCAUGGAUAUUGAUGAAUGCGCACAGGAUAUUCCUCUGUGCGCGGAGAAUGAGUUGUGUGUCAAUGAGGAAGGUGGGCAUAAUUGCGUGCCUAUGGGGAGUGGGAAAGGGGUUCCAGGGAGUACCAUUGGGACUACUCCUAGUACCACUACUUCUACCACACCUAAAACUAAACCUACUACUAAAGUUACUACUGUGAGGACCACAGUUAAGACUACUCCUAAAAUGACUACCCCCACCACUACUACUACUACUACUACUACUACCACCACAACUCCUAAACCCACUAAACCCACAACAAUAAGAACAUCCCCUGUGUUCAUCUCCAGAACAAAACCUACCACCAGACAACCUCCUUUGAACCUCCCCCAUGGUCCAAAUAGAUUCCCCCCACCUAUCACCUGCAACCGAGGAUAUUCCUACUCGGAUGUCACAGAACAAUGUGAGGAUAUAGAUGAAUGCGCAACAGGGAACAACCACUGUGACCAUUAUCAAGUCUGUCAUAACACUCUAGGUGGAUACAUAUGUAACUGUAAAAUUGGUUUCAAAAGAGAUUCUAUCACAGGAGCUUGUCAGGAUAUCAACGAAUGCCAAACAAACCGGAAUGAUUGCUCAGAGGGUCAACGUUGUGACAACACAGUUGGGUCUUACCUCUGCUCCCGAAUGGCUAAUUGUGGUACAGGUUAUACACUCAACUACGAAACAGGUGUUUGUGAGGAUAAUGAUGAAUGUGCUCUGGGGACACAUAACUGUGACCUUGGAGGGAGGAAUUUAAUAUGUAGGAACACACAUGGGUCUUUUAGAUGUGAUAGACCUCCACCUCCGACUACACCAGCUCCACCUACACAACCUCCAUUGAGGUAUCCAACAAGACCACAGUAUCCUUCUGUUUAUAAUAUACCUGUGACCCAACCUACUAAACCUUACUCCUAUGCAACAAUAAAACCUCCUCAGAAGUACCCUCAGAUACCUGCAUACCCUUACAUACCUGCUUAUCCCUCAUACCCUAAUUAUACCAUAAUCAGCUCCCAGAGUAAAAAAUGUCUUCCUGGGUACUACAUGGAUGCAGCAGGUGCCUGUCAGGAUGUAGACGAAUGUCAAAGCAACCCAUGUCCAAGGUCCCACUACUGUUACAAUUACAAUGGGCGUUAUGAAUGUAAACCCAAAUUAGUAUGCACACCAGGAUUUGAAUUGAAUUCAUCUGGUGAAGAGUGUAUUGAUGUCAAUGAGUGUAUACGUGGUAAUCACACUUGUUCACCUUCGGAGAUUUGUAAGAAUUACAAUGGGUACUACCGCUGUGAAUGCCCAGUUGGACACAGCAAAGAAGGCAAGAGAUGUGUGGAUAUUGACGAGUGUAAAUACUACAAAGGGAGGAUAUGCUCAUAUGGUGCUGAUUGCGUCAACACCAUUGGGUCUUUUCAGUGUCAAUGCAAAGAAGGAUUCCAGAAGGUUAAUAACACAUGCGUUGAUGUUGAUGAAUGUAAAGAAGUUGGAAGAUGUGGAUCAAAGUGUUACAAUACUCUGGGGAGCUAUAAAUGUUACUGUGAGAAAGGGUAUACUUUGAAUUCAGACAACAGGACCUGUUCUGAUGUGGAUGAAUGCUCACUCUUCUCCAAUCAAGUUCAUUGCGUGGGAACUUGUAUAAACUCACCAGGAAGUUAUCAUUGUGGUUGUCCAACUGGGUAUAGACUUGGUACAGAUGGGCACACAUGCCAAGAUAAUGAUGAAUGUAAACUGGAUGAUCCUUGUAAAGGUCCAGAUGAGUACUGCUUCAACACCAGAGGUGGUUAUGAGUGUGCUUCGAUUGCUUGUCCGAAGUAUUACAAACGUGACCAACACCAAAAGAGUCGUUGUAAGAUAGAUACAGACUUGUGUCGAUACAAUGAAUGCUCGCAGCACUUACCAGAUCAAAUCAGUUAUCAUUUCUUCAAUAUUGUUUCGAAUUAUACAAUUUUGGAUGAACCUGUGAAGUUGUUCAAGAUGCGAGGUCCACAGAGUCCACAUUCUCGUGUGGCGUUUAAAUUGGAUGUACAAACAGCACGUUUUCCUCUCUUUGUGAGACCUGCGAAUGAAAAUGACUUUCUGUUGGAUAGACAGCAUAAUAGUGUGACUAUAUCAAUAAAAACAUCGAUUGAAGGCCCGCAGCAGGUCGAGUUGACCCUACAGAUGCAGAUUUUCAACCAUAACGUGCUCACCAACACGGUCAUCUCGAAAAUCAUACUUUAUGUAUCACAAUAUAAGUUUUAAGCGUUAUAAAUUUAAGUUUAGAGGUGAUGGUGACAUAAUUUUUGAAUAAAACUUAAAGAAACAA